GUAUCUAAGCAACGCACCCUUAGUGGAAAAACGGAAGGGAAAGGUAAGUUUAGAUUUGCACCGCGUUCAGCCGAAGCUAACACCGCAAUCAACUUGCUGACCUACCGUUGUAAAUUUAGCGAAAUUGUAAUUAGUAGAAUAUGGGAGCACCUCAGAUGAGUGACAUACUCUCGCUCUGUAUGCAAAAGGUAGGGCCUACUUAUUUGAACUCAAACAAUUUUUAAGUUUGCCCUAAUUAGUAAGUUAACGUUAACUUGCUUCUAACCAGUCAGUGCUGCGACGCACGCAGGAAAUGUCAUAGCGCCAAACGCGUUUAAAUAUAAGAGCAGCACGAUUCCAGACUAGAUUCUUAAUUCUGUGCCUAAUGGAUUGGAAGAAGGAAAAUAUGAUCGCGCAGAUAAAUUCUGCCGAACGGCUGAAGGAACGCGUUCAGCUCCCCCAGCAACAGGGCGAUAUCCUUCCAAUGACCCAGAUGGAGUCCUACGCACGCAACGCUCAACAGAGGUAUUGGAAAAUGUCUCUGUUUUUCCAGCAUGAUAGCCAGGAAGACCAAGAGAAAGCACUGGACACAGCUGAUUCGGUGCUACAGGAUGGCCGCGCCAUUCCCUCUUCACUACCUGAGCUCUGUUUUCAAAUGCAGCAGAGGAUAAAAAAGUUUGCACUUCUACCCACUUCUCAAGAGGACCAGGAAGCAUUAGAGGCUGUGAUGGUGUCCGAGUUGGGGAUGAUCUGGCAGGACCUGCGGUCCCCAAAACCGGAUGCCACGCUGACCUUGAGCGAGAACCGGGUUCUGCUGCGAGAGACCUUUGCAGAGGUGCUGGACCUGUGCGAGGAGCUCUACCUCAGCUACCUGCACCUGCAGCACAGCCUGAGGCGGCGCGCCGUCUUCACCGACAGCGCCAACCGCAGCCGCCUGGCAGCGCAGAUGGCAUCGGACUGCACCAGCGUAUUGAAUGUCCACUCCAUUCGGCGAGGCCUUAGUACGGGGAUCAAAGCUGAACGGAAGGCCAGGACGAGCGCUGACACACAGAAGGCUGGAGCGGUACAUCAGGGCCAGGCCACAGACACGUCUACUACUCCAGACAGGAUGAUGCUCAGUCUGCACAAAGGGAAGCACAAACAGCACAAAGUUUCCAUCCAGAAAGAUAUUGCAGAGAUUACUGAGAAAAUCGGUGAAUUCAAUCUGGAGUACGUGUAUGACCUUAUGCCCUACCGCCUGGAUACGAUAAGGGACUUCCACAGGAACCAAGACGAGAAAAAGGGUCCAGAUGAAGACCUACCCACAGUCCCCACUGAGGGAGAAGUGUCCGCUGUCUUUGACGGCUUCUUCACCAGACUCAAGGGGUGUACGUCCAUGCCGGACCUGAGCAGAGAGACCCUAUUGGAUGAGCUGGAGAUAGAGGCCCCUCCCCCGCGCCCACGGUCUCCAAUGGUGCUGCUGGCCCUCAGGAGACCGGUCGUCCAGAAACAGACCCUCAGCCCGGCCGACGACCUCAAGAGAUUGCUACAGGAUGAUUCUUCACUAGAAACCGUAGACCCUGAUGUAGACAUCCCUCCUUUGAUCAAAGCGCGAUCCUACAAAAGCUCCGUUAAGCUGCAGAAGCUUCAGGCGGUCCUACAGAGACUGACAGAUAAGAGGGAGUGCCUGGCCAAGAGCAGGGCGCCCCUGAAGGGACCCGAGUACCCCCAGGCUGACGUGGUCAGCGUGCCCAUCUCGUGCCAGGCCACCGCCCGCAUGGCCGGACCCCGAGUCUCUGACAGGGUGCAGACCGAAAAGAUCCACAUCAGCGUCUUCCCACCGGUCUACAACGACAUCAAGAGAGAGAUUGACGGUUCGUCAGUGAAGUGGAUGGACCGCAAUCUCUUUGACGGCGAUGAAAUAAAGGAGCUUUGUAAAACGUUGUCCAAGUGCCUGAUGAGCCAGUACCUCAGUUUUCAAGAUGAUCCCCUGAUUGAGCCAUGCGUGACCCAGCCAAAACUGAGCACCAGGAAAAUGACUCCCAAUAGCCUCAUGAACGCUGCGCUGAAAAACAGCAUCUCAAGCAGGAAAAGAGCGGAGGCUCCCAUGGACCACAAGAAGCCUUUAGAAGUGAUGUCCCGUGCCUACGCUGCCUGGUUUCAGUGGUGGAGGUCUCACCUGUCUUUGGACGACUACCUGAAGCACAUCACUAGUCAGGAGUUGGACUACCUGGCGGUGGUGUUUCAGCUGCAUGCCACGGAGGUCAAAAAGGACAGCGAGGAAGACAAGAUCAAGGCUCUGCAGCAGCAGAAGGACGAGAAGAAAAGAGCUCGGACGAAGAAGAUGGAGGCUCUGAAGAGGAUGAAGCAGGAGUAUGUCACGGGGGUGUGGAAUGUGAACACUGUCUUGUUUGGGGGGCUUUGGAAUGAGCCAGUCCUGGAAGAAGAUGACAGCCCGGGUAAGAAAGAAGCCCCCGAAGGCAAAGAGAGGAACGCGCUGUUCCGGGACCCGAGUGAGGUAACGGAACCAGCAAACGCGGAGCAGCUGAAGGAGCGUCUGGAGCGGCUCUGGACGGUUCUGUGCCUGCCGGACGCGCUCCGCCUGGACAUGGCCAUCAAAUACAGCUCCCACGCAUACAGGGACCAGCUGGAGAAGGUACAGUUCAAAUACAGCUCCCACGCAUACAGGGACCAGCUGGAGAAGAGAAGGUACAGUUCAAAUACAGCUCCCACGCAUACAGGGACCAGCUGGAGAAGAGAAGGUACAGUUCAAAUACAGCUCCCACGCAUACAGGGACCAGCUGGAGAAGAGAAGGUACAGUUCAAAUACAGCUCCCACGCAUACAGGGACCAGCUGGAGAAGGCUGUCAUUGCAUGGGAGCAGGCUGCUCAUCUGAUCCAGCUGAGAGAGACGGUUCUGUCCAAGCUGGAGCUGUUUGAGUGGGAGGCGUCUGAUCCCCACCGAUUCUUUCAUCAAGGUUACCGUGGGACUGCCGUUGCCAGGAUGGAAGAGUCUAAACAGAGAGAGGCGCUGGACUCCCAGAUCAGCUCACUGGAGAAAGAGCUGACCAAGAUCCUCAGCGUGCUCUCAGACUGCUUCAGGGACACGGUCACCUACAAGGGCCGGCCGUACCGGGAGAAGAUGCGUUGGGACCGCGUGGAGAUGCUGUACUGGCUGCAACAGGAGCGUCGGGUGCAGUCUCUGGAGAGGGUGGUGACCAAGAAGGACGUCCUGCCCGCCCGGCUGCCCCCUCUUGAGCUGGCACAGCAGUACCGCGUGGCACAACCCACCCUUCAAGGGUGCAUCCCCAAGGAUGAGGUGUUACUGUAUGGAGACAAGCCAAAGCCUGCACUGUCAGUUAGCCAUAUACAACUGUGUUUCCAGUCCAAACUUGAAUAGUGUUACUAAAUAAAUACACUAAGAACACA